GAAAAUAUGGUGAGAAGACAGAUGGCGCCAUGGACUGGAGAUCUUGACCUAACAUAACCUCCUUUGUUUGCAGAACGACUCCUUUUUUUAUCGAAUGUAAUGAUGAUAACAAUGGCGGCUGCCUGGUGUUGCUGCGACCUGUCAAAUAGAUUCUAGUAGCUGGUCGACAAUGACAGGACUCCGAGCGCAAUGUCAAUAAGUGUGAGAUAAGCGCAGUGCUUGUUCUUGAUGAAAUUUAACGAUCGUCGUCACCGUCUCGAUCACAACAAUACGCAUUGCUAACAGACAAUGACGAACGAAAUUUUAGUUAAAAACCGCUUAUGACCAGCUGACAAUGUUUAUCAAUUAGGAGUUAAAAAAAUUAGUGACUAUAUUAAUGGGCUUUAUGUUUACCUGAGAAUGUUCAGAACUGAGGAAUCUUCGAAAGGCAGUUUCCUUCAGCAAACGAAGGCCGCAAGGGAGGAACGAGCCAAUGAAAAACGUAGAGAAGCUGCUAUUACAUAUAUUCAAGCCAAUGUCAGAGGAUGGCUUGCUCGUAUCAGGUUCACCAAAACAAUAUUGGAAGAUUACGACACGAUUCUAACGGAAGAAUUGAAUACCGAAGGCACUGUACAGUUGAAACCAGCAUUACAAGUUUACAAAUUGAUAUCAAAAUUUUUAUUAAUUUACAAAAAGGAAAGAGAUGAGAAAAGAUUGGAGCGAUUAUGCAGAUACCUUGUGCAGACUUUAGAUUCGGAAUCCCUGAAGCUUUCGUACGUUGGAGUGGCACUAAACAAAGACUAUUCGAUAUCAUGGAUAUCUCAGAUGAAGUCAGUACUUCACCAUUGUCUGAGUGGGCUGGAAGAUCUGAGACCAGAUAGGCUUUCAGAUCACAAGUCUAUCUUGUUAAGAUUGCAUACAUUAGUUAGCUUUACCUCCGCUGGAACAUGGGCCAUCCUCAGAGUGAAGAACAUGGAAAAAUUCAGAAACGGGAUGAACCAGCUUUGCGCCAACAUCAUGGGUCAUCUUGUGAAUUGUGGCUUUUACGCAGUCAUGAAGGUCCUUCUGGUGAGAGGACUAGGGAGAGCCACAAUCGCGCUGAAACCAGUUGCAUUAUCAGCUGCUGUAACACUGUCAUUGAGGCCAUUAAUAUCGUCACAGAUGUCUGAUAAGCUUGUUUCCAUGUUUCUCAUCAACGUGUGCAGUGUACCUGCUUUGAUUCAUCAUCUGAAUGUCAUGUCGCCCGAGUGCAUAUCAGCGCUCACGAGUCAUAAUCUGUUUACGAGAAGUCUUGAACUCUUGAAUUCUGAACAAAAUUUGAGAAUAGUGUUCAACGCACUGGAGGGUAACUAUGCUCUUUGCUUGUUAGCUAAUUUAAUACAACUCGCUAACAUCGAAAGAGAUGAGGUGCUGAAGGAUCUUUACUUUCCGUCAUUUACGUUUGUUGUAACGAGAAUGUUAGAAGCCUGUCAACAAUAUGUUGUAGCCAAACAGAGUAAUUUGACAUAUUGGCAUCCAGUCUUGGGAUGCUUUGCGCAAAGUGUUGAUACUACUCUUCAGCAAGCCAUUCCUCACGUUAAAUUGCAGCUGGCUUGUCUGUGGAAUGGAAAGAUUGUAUCACAGUUGAUUGGUUCUCCUUUGAGUGAACUAGUUGAGAAAGAGAUGCAAUACCAGCCUGACCAACAAAGUACAUCUAUUGGAACGAACAUAUUCCGUCGUGCCUUUUUAGAAGCCCGAACAAAUAGAAACAACAGCAACAAAAAUUACAGAAAACUAGGAAGUCCAGAAGCGACUAGAAUAGCACUAAUUUGUUCGUUAUAUCAAACUGCUUUGCAUACGUUAACUCAAAUGAAGCUCGAUAUUUUGACCGGCUUGUGCUAUCAGGAUAAAUUUUUAUACCAUAUGUGGUUGUUCCUCUGUACGCUCGGUCCAUAUUGUGGCUUGAAAGCAUUUCUAGACCAUUUAGCAGCUAACACAAAGUGCACCGCUCCAGAGUUUCAAAUGCUGAUUCUAUUUGCUGACUGUAUGACACAUUACGUUACAAUACUGGAUGACAUGGAAAUGUAUGAACAGCAAUUUCCGUUCAAGCUUUCAGAUUUUAUAACAAUGUCAUACUUCUUGAACCAAUUUUUGUAUAAAGCAGUACUGAAUAAUUUAUUUGAUGUUAAGACUGUAUCAAGUAAUCCUCUCUUCACAUCUCUUCACACUCUUCUGAUGGCAUUAUAUCGGCGGGACUGUCGGAGAACUUUUUGUCCUGAUGGACAUUGGUUGGCAAAGGAGGUUCGUGUCUCAGGAUUUCUUGCAGACUUGGAAAAAGGGCGGAGAGGAGCCGCAUUGUUGUUAUCAAAGAUGCCACAUGUUAUUCCACAUUCUGAGCGUGUUGUACUUUUCCGUAAACAUGUUUCUGAUGAAAAGGCAGUCCUUGGUCUGACUGUGAGUGCUUGUAACAGUCCGCCCUCUACUUUGAUAGCUGUUCACAGAUCUCGUAUUGUCGAAGAUGGUUAUAGGCAGCUUGCUAUGCUGCCCUCACAGGCUUUGAAAGGCGUUAUAAGAGUCAGAUUUGUCAAUGAACAAGGCCUCGAUGAGGCGGGCAUAGAUCAGGAUGGUGUAUUCAAAGAAUUCUUGGAGGAAACGAUCAAGAGAGUAUUUGACCCUUCCUUGAAUCUAUUCCGAGCUACGACUGAGAACAGAUUGUAUCCUUCACCAACAUCUUCGAUGCAGGAGAAUCAUCUUCAACUUUUCGAAUUUGUCGGACGUAUGCUUGGAAAGGCUGUGUACGAAGGAAUCGUAGUCGACGUACCGUUUGCGUCAUUUUUCGUUUCACAAUUUUCUGGUCAAGCUGGUGGUGCUCUUUAUAGUUGGCUUGACGAGUUGGCCUCUCUGGAUCGAGAUUUAUACCGAAGUUUGACAUUGGUGAAGCAUUUUAAGGGCGAUGUAAGGCAAUUGGAACUCACAUUUUCUCUUGAUGAAGAUGUUCUCGGAAAGCUUGUGACGCACGAGCUUGUCCCUGGUGGACGAGCGGUCCCAGUAACGAAUCAAAGUAAAAUCAAUUAUAUACACCUGAUGGCGCAUUUUCGAAUGCAUACGCAAAUCAAAGAUCAAACCUCUGCUUUUAUAAAGGGAUUCAGAUCGAUCAUCAAUCCCGAUUGGCUCUCACUUUUCUCAACACCUGAGUUACAGCGGCUAAUAUCUGGUGAUAAUGUGCCACUUGAUUUGAAAGACCUUCGUCGUCAUACACAAUACUAUGGCGGUUUUCAUGAUAGCCAUCGAGUUGUCUGUUGGCUUUGGGAUAUCCUGGAAAAAGAUUUUUCCGAAGAAGAAAGAGGGCUUUUUUUAAAGUUUGUUACGAGUUGUUCGAAAUCUCCUUUGUUGGGAUUUGCACAUCUAGAACCACCGUUUUCAAUACGAUGCGUUGAAGUCGGUGAUGACGAGGAUACUGGCGAUACGAUUGGUAGUGUAAUCAGAGGAUUUUUCACAAUACGUAAAAAGGAUCCUCAGAACCGUCUUCCAACAUCUUCGACGUGCUUCAAUUUAUUGAAGCUACCAAAUUAUCAGAAGAAAAGUACGCUACGUGAAAAAUUACGAUACGCUGUCACAAGUAACACAGGUUUUGAACUCUCUUAAGGCACAAAACCAUCGGAAUUACAAUCUUAUUGCACAUAUUAUUUCAGUUGGACGUUCAAUGCAAGUUUAGUUCAAAUUAGUUUAACAUAAGACAAUCGUGCACAAUACUAUGAACUCUCAAUAUCCACGUAUAAUACAUAGAUGUGCAUUGUAAUUCGGAUAAGUACGCAUUUUCUUGUUUAUCGCUGCGCUAAUUUUUUCUUACAAAAUAAGGAAUAACACCUUACCUUUGGAUUUGAUGUUUGGAAUGAUCGUACCAUAAUCUGGUGUCAUUCGAUCAAUGUACAAAAUUCUGUAAUUACUUUUUUCAAAAUUUACAAAAGUAGCGCAGCAGUAAACAUGUAGUAUAAUCGUCAAAAAAAUUGUAUGAUAGUGCGAAAAGGGGUUGUUGAGUAAUGUUAAUUAGAUUUUAAUAACAUGUGAAAAUAUUAACGGUGCCGUUAGGGAGUUGUACGCAUUUUAAAGGAGCCAGUAUUUUUGACAGCACUGCGUCUUAAUUAAUUGAAUUUAUUAGUUACGCAAUUUUGUCACGCUAGUUUUUUUUUUCCAACUAUAAUCAUCCUGCAGUAUCUAGACCAUGUCUAGUGAUGAGAAAAAUUCUUUACACAAUAUUAUUAUUUCGCUUAAAAUAUUUCACAUACGAUUGGUUCAAGGGGCGGAUCUUGAUCUACAUAGUUUCAGUGUCGUCUUAAGGCGUUGCCUUGGUCGAUUUCGACAAUGACGUAUAUAUCUCCAAUUAUCGAAGUUCACGUACCUCAAACGCACAAAUAGGCUUAAAGACCCCGAUUCUAUACGCAGUUCUGAAUAAAGACACUCCUAUGCAUUUUUAUUUGACACAAAAAUAAAGAAAUGGCAUGAAUUCUACUAAUUUACUAUUCCGAUUACGCAGAAUCCGUGCCAUUUCUUUAUUUCUUCCGCAAAUGAAAACGUAUCGGAGUGUUUUUGUUCAGAAUUGCGCAUAGAAUCGGGCUGUUAAGCCUAUUUGUGGAUUUUAGGUACGCGGACUUUCAUAUUUGGAGGUAUACACGUCACGAUCGAAAUCGACCAGGACACCCUCUUAAAUUAUACUUCCCCAUUGUGCGGUGGAAAAGUGUACAUUUAUAAUGUGAUCAGUCUUGGAGGAAAAAAUGCAUCAAACAGAGAAACAAACAAAUCCAAGAAAAAAAAAAACAACAAUAAUAAAAUUCAUGGAUCAGUGUGAAUAUGUGAAUACUGUAUUGUUUACACCUCA